GGCUCCUCCCUCUCCCUCCUCGCUGGCUCUGGCUGCACAUUGCUGUACUGCGACCAGUGAGGGGUGAGGAAGAAAGACAGAGCCGGGGGGAGAGACAGAGAACUGAAGCCGUGCUGGACACAUUCCUUGUCCGGGGGCAGGUGGAGACCGUUCAGUCACCGCCCGGGGUUGUUCUGUAACCCGCCCGUCCGCCCGGGACUAGUCGUGUCUUUGUGUCGGGGAGAAGAGAGGAGUGAGCAGCCCUGACUGGCUGGGGUGGACCAUGCUAGUGGCUGCUCUUCAUCAGUGAUCGGGGAGAGCUCCUCAUUGUACUAGGGAGCGGUGCACUGCCCUCUGGGGGCCCCUGGAUGUCACCCCACCCUCCCCCAUUAUUAGACUAACAUUCUGCUGAGGACAGCUCCCAUAUUUUACUUUAUUGUGUGAUCCUGCAUAGAACUUCACCAUCCCCCUUCCCCCCCCCCUCAGGUCACAUUUUAUGUAGUCCAUGUGUGAUCUCCCCCUGUGAUUGUCAGGUAUAGCUCUGCCCCCCCUCUUGCUUUGUUCCCCCUACCCUUCCCCCCACCUUGGCUGGUCCUUCCAGGUGCCCCCCCACCAGUCCUAUACUGUGGACCUCAAUCAUGGCCUCUUUGUUGACCUCCAGCCUUGUCUUCCAGCAGACUUCAUCCCAGUGAUCCCCCACACCCCCCCCCCCUCCCCCUGGAUCUCUUCUGGGGAACUUGGCUGCAGCUGAGAGUUAAGGCUAUAAAAUCACAGCGCUCAUCACCUUUGCGGAUUGGAAAAGUGCGGACAAAACAUGUCUACCCCCAACAGGUUCAAGAAGGACAAAGAGAUCAUUGCUGACUAUGAAGGCCAAGUCAAAGAGAUUAGAGCUCAGCUGGUGGAACAACAGAAAUGCUUGGAGCAACAGACAGAGAUGAGAGUUCAGCUUCUCCAGGACCUACAGGACUUCUUCCGCAAGAAAGCAGAAAUUGAGACGGAGUAUUCCCGUAAUCUGGAAAAACUUGCCGAAAGGUUUAUGGCCAAAACAAGAAGCACAAAGGAUCAUCAACAGUACAAGAAAGACCAGAACUUGCUAUCCCCUGUUAAUUGCUGGUAUUUACUGCUGAACCAAGUGAGAAGAGAAAGCAAAGAUCAUGCAACGCUAAGUGAUAUCUACCUAAACAAUGUUAUAAUGCGCUUCAUGCAGAUAAGUGAGGAUUCAACUAGGAUGUUCAAAAAGAGCAAAGAAAUUGCUUUUCAGCUUCAUGAGGAUCUAAUGAAAGUACUUAAUGAGCUGUACACGGUCAUGAAAACGUACCACAUGUACCAUGCAGAGAGCAUUAGUGCUGAAUGUAAGCUAAAGGAAGCUGAAAAGCAAGAAGAGAAACAAAUUGGAAGGUCUGUCGACCAAGUCUUCCUUUUACGCCUGGAGGAGAAACACCAAAGAAGAAGCUCAGUCAAGAAAAUUGAGAAGAUGAAGGAGAAGCGUCAAGCCAAAUAUUCUGAGAACAAGUUAAAGUCCAUAAAAGCACGGAAUGAAUACCUAUUAACACUGGAGGCAACAAAUGCUUCUGUUUUUAAAUAUUACAUUCAUGACCUUUCUGAUUUAAUUGAUUGCUGUGACCUGGGAUACCAUGCAAGUUUAAACAGAGCUCUGAGAACCUAUCUCUCUGCUGAAUAUAACCUUGAGACUUCGCGACAUGAGGGUUUAGACAUAAUAGAGAAUGCAGUCGAUAACCUGGAACCCAGAAAUGAUAAGCAAAGGUUUAUGGAAAUGUAUCCCACAGCUUUCUGUCCACCAAUGAAAUUUGAGUUUCAGGCUCACCUUGGCGACGAGGUUUGCCAGGUCAGUGCUCAGCAGCCAUUACAGGGAGAACUGUAUCUCCGGUACCAACAACUUCAGUCUCGCCUGGCAACACUGAAAAUCGAAAAUGAGGAGAUAAAGAAAACCACAGAAGCCACUCUUCAGACCAUACAAGACAUGGUGACCAUAGAGGACUAUGAUGUGUCAGAAUGCUUUCAGCACAGCCGCUCUACAGAGUCUGUAAAGUCCACAGUGUCUGAGACCUACUUGAGUAAGCCCAGUAUUGCCAAAAGGAGAGCCAACCAGCAAGAGACCGAGCAGUUUUACUUCAUGAAAUUCAGGGAGCUUCUGGAAGGUAGCAACCUCAUCACAAAGCUACAGGCUAAACAUGAUCUGCUUCAGAGGACACUUGGAGAAGGGAAAGGUCAUCGAGCAGAAUACAUGACUACAAGGCCUCCAAAUGUACCCCCUAAGCCCCAGAAACCAAGGAAACCCAGACCCCGAUCUCAGUAUAUUACUAAGUUGUUUAACGGGGAUCUGGAGACGUUCAUCCAGGAAUCUGGACAAAUCAUUCCUCUUAUUGUGGAAAGCUGCAUACGAUUCAUUAACUUGUAUGGGCUUCAGCAUCAAGGUAUCUUUCGAGUCUCUGGUUCCCAGGUUGAAGUUAAUGAUAUUAAAAAUGCAUUUGAGAGAGGUGAAGACCCUUUGACAGAUGACCAAAACAAUCACGACAUCAACUCUGUAGCUGGCGUCCUCAAGCUGUAUUUUCGAGGCUUGGAAAACCCGCUCUUUCCCAAGGAAAGAUUUAAUGAUUUGAUAUCAUGCAUCCGAGUGGAGAAUCUCUGUGAGAGGGCCAUCCACAUCAGAAAAAUCUUAUUGACGUUACCCAGGACUGUGCUCAUAGUCAUGCGAUAUCUCUUUGCAUUCCUCAACCACCUCUCUCAGUAUAGCGAUGAGAAUAUGAUGGAUCCAUAUAACCUGGCCAUUUGUUUUGGCCCCACAUUAAUGCCUGUUCCUGACAUACAAGACCAGGUGUCUUGCCAGGCCCAUGUGAAUGAAAUAAUUAAAUCAAUAAUCAUUCAUCAUGAGAGCAUUUUCCCAGACGUUAAAGAGCUGGAAGGUCCGGUUUAUGAGAAAUGCAUGGCUGGAGAUGACUACUGUGACAGCCCAUAUAGUGAACAUGGCACAUUGGAUGAAGUGGAUCAUGAUGGAGGCACUGAAGCUCACACAAGUGAAGAUGACAAUACAGAACGUAAUGGUAUCAAUGCUUGGAGACAGAUUAUUACAUUACAUGACUUCACUGCCUGCAUGCUUGCCCCAGAGUGUGAGCCAAUUGAAGCCAUAGCCAAAUUUGAUUAUAUUGGAAGAUCUGCACGGGAACUGUCCUUUAAAAAGGGUGCAUCGCUACUUUUGUAUCACCGCGCUUCUGAUGACUGGUGGGAAGGAAGACACAAUGGAAUUGACGGCCUGGUGCCCCACCAGUACAUUGUGGUACAGGAUAUGGAUGAUACAUUUUCUGAUUCUUUAAGCCAAAAGGCGGAUAGUGAAGCUAGCAGUGGGCCAGUAACUGAAGACAAAUCAUCAACUAAGGAUAUCAAUUCACCAACGGACAGACAUCCUGAUUUAUAUUCAGGAAGACCCAGACGGAGAACUGAUCCACUACCUCCCUCUCGGCGCUCAGGAGGGACUAGUGAUAGCCACUGUCCAGUUCACCCACCACAGCCCCUUAACACUUCAAUGGAAAUCGGAUCUUCCAAUAUUUCAAGCCAUUGUAGCCCACGUGCCCUCCUACAGAAUCGUAACCUCAAUACUGACAGUCCAGAACGUCGACGGAAACCAGGUCAUGGAAGUCUCACCAAUAUCAGCAGACAUGAUUCCCUGAAAAAGAUAAACAGCCCUCCAAUACGAAGGUCUACAUCAUCUGGACAGUACACCAACUUUAAUGACCACAAGCCUCUUGACCCAGAGAGUAUUGCUCAGCAGGAUAUAGAGGAGACCAUGAACACAGCAUUGAAUGAGCUGCGUGAGCUUGAGCGACAGAGUACUGCCAAACAUGCCCCAGACAUAGUGCUAGAUACGCUGGAGCAAAUUAAGAACUCUCCCACCUCUUCAACAUCAACAGAAUCAUUAAGUCCUCGCCAUAAUGUCCUGAUGAAGAACACAGAGCCACAAAUCCGACGUAGUACUAGCACAUCUAGUGAAACAAUGAGUACAUUUAAACCUAUGGUAACUCCUAGAAUGGGAGUACAACUGAAACCACCAGCUCUAAGACCAAAACCUGCUGUCCUACCAAAAACUAAUCCUGGUCUAGGAGCAGCAUCACAACCAUCACAAGGGGCAGCAGAUAAGUCGUGCACAAUGUGACGUUACCCUGCCAAGAUUUAAGUAGUAACUGGAGAUGCCAUGGUUUUACAGGAACAUAACACCUGUGACUAUUCUAAGACCUUUUUUUAACUGGACGAUAUUAUGUGUUUACAGCAGUAGAAACACAUAGAUAUUACUUGAAGAAUUCAUGCUGCACAAAUUUUAUAGUUUGCAACAGAUCACAAAUUGCUUCCCACUUAUAAAUGAGAUUUUUCCAUCUAAAGUGCAUAGAGUGUGGGUAUAUAUAUAAUAUAUUUUUUUUCCUGAGUGCUCUGUGUGGAGGAUUUAUGAACACGGAGGCUUAUUUGGUUUGUAGAGCAGCUUAGAAUUUCCGGAUAGCAGUAAUGUGAUAGAGCUAUUAAAUGACAUUCCUUUGCAGCCCUACUGCCUGCUUAAUAAAGAAUCCUGUAGUGGAUCCCAAGCAAGUACACCUCUGGACAGAGUCCAGUACUUAACCACUGUUGAUGUUUUUGUAGCUAUAUAUCUUCCCUAUAACAGUGAGACUAACCUGUUAAUGUGUACAGUAUGCACUGCAUGUGGUUCUUAUUCUAGGUAUAUGUGGAAUAAUCUCUAUGUAUAGAGAUGGAUAUAUACAGAAGAAACAUUUUGCACAUGCAUUCUGCAGAUGUGAUGAACAAUGUACUGCUGUACAGAAAUACUGUACUUCUGUGCUUGACUGGAUUGCUCAUUAGGAAACCAUUAGCUAAAGGCAUGAGUCUGCAGGUGCCAUUAAGCUAUAGGGUGUCUAGUAAUCGGCUGUAGUGGAGCUGUUAGACUAUAGAGAAACAGUGUUUUUUUCACCCCAUAAUCUUGUAUUUGUUAUUGGCGG